GCGAACAAUACAGUCAAGAUGGCUAAAGGUGACCCCAAGAAACCAAAGGGCAAGAUGUCUGCCUAUGCCUUCUUUGUGCAGACAUGCAGAGAAGAACAUAAGAAGAAAAACCCAGAGGUCCCUGUAAAUUUUGCAGAAUUUUCCAAGAAGUGCUCUGAAAGGUGGAAGGCAAUGUCUGGGAAAGAGAAGUCUAAAUUUGAUGAAAUGGCAAAGGCUGAUAAAGUCCGCUAUGAUCGGGAAAUGAAGGAUUAUGGACCAGCUAAAGGAGGAAAGAAGAAGAAGGACCCUAAUGCCCCCAAGAGGCCACCGUCUGGAUUUUUCCUCUUCUGUUCAGAAUUCCACCCCAAGAUCAAGUCUACAAAUCCUGGUAUCUCUAUUGGAGAUGUGGCAAAAAAGCUGGGUGAGAUGUGGAAUAACUUAAGUGACAGUGAAAAGCAGCCUUAUAUCACUAAGGCAGCCAAGCUGAAGAAGAAGUAUGAGAAGGAUGUAGCUGACUGUAAGUCUAAAGGAAUGUUUGAUGGUGCAAAGGGUCCCACUAAAGUUGCCAGGAAAAAGGUGGAAGAGGAAGAUGAAGAAGACGAGGAAGAAGAAGAAGAGGAGGAGGAGGAGGAGGAUGAAUAA